GGCCAGGUGCCUGCCUCCAUCUCCCUUUUCCACUCGGGUCUUCACGAUGCCGCCGCCGCCACACGACAUCGCACAUCCGCUCUUCUCCCUCCCCUCGCUCUCGGCGGUCGACGUGCGCUCCCCUGGUGCCAUCGCUUGUGCCCGGCUCCCGCCAUCGCUGGCUCCCCGAUGGACCUCGCAGCUAGUGUGGGGCCAUGGAUCCCCGACGGAUCGAGGGUCGCGCCGCCUCAUGAGAAAAAUCAUCUUUUUGGCUCGAACAGAAAAUACCUGAAGCUUCAAUUUGACAUCGUGUAGCAAUGAAUGCGUGCAAGGAAUGCUCUUUUACAUGUUGAGAAUGAAGAAAAAUUAGAUGUCGUGGAGGCAUCCCAAAACAUGUACUUUCCAUUUUGCACAUUUUAGUCCAAGGUUCAAUACAAACUUUCUCAGAAAACUAUCUCAAACACUACUAAUCGUUGUUGGUCUGCAGGGUUUCAAAUUAGGACUUAGCCAUUUUUCCAUCAGCCUGAAACAACCUAAUAGUCUUACUUUGAUCCCUUGGGAAAAAAUGUUCUUAUUAUUUUGAGUUUUUGACCUAUAGUCAGGUCCAGAACAUACCCCUGACAUCACACUACUAAUCUGGGACAAAAAUAUGUAGUUCUCCAAAAGAAAAUUGUUUCUAAUCCUGCCCUGAAAAUGUUUGCUGAAAUACUAUUUGGUAAGGUUGCUGCAUAGCUAAAAGGUUCUCCAAAUGAAAAUUAUUCCUAAUCCUGCCCUGAACAACAAGAAGGAAUUCUAUGGUUUCCAAAAAUGAGAAUAUGUUUUUAUUCGUACAUGAAGCUUCUUAUAUGACCCCUUCCCUCGUAUAGGGAGUUUUUCUUUUUGUAUUCAUACGUGAACUAGUAUUUGUUUUUGUAGCAGCACCAUAAGGAGGAUAUUAUUUACUAAUGUAGAAAUGUUUAUGUUUUAGCAGUUGCCUUGUAAUAUUUGUCUUAAAUUUUCGUACUUUCCAGCUUUAGUGGCUCGCCAAC